AUGUCUAUUGAUCUGCAUCAGAAAUUAUACGACCCGAGCGCGUGGAGCAAAAAUUACACUGAAGGGUAUGAGGAGUUUUUGAAAAUUUCUACGCAAGCGACGAUCGAUGCUAGAAAUUCUAUACCCUGCAAGUUGGACGUAUCUUAUGGACCUACUGAGCGUAUGAAGUAUGACUACUAUGGAACCAACUUACCCAAUGAUUCGCGAGUUUUAAUUUUUAUUCAUGGUGGAUACUGGCAGGAAGCAAGUAAAGAGCUUGCUGGGUUUCAUAUUAAGCCAUUAGUAUCCAAAGGAAUAAAAGUAUUCAACUUAGGAUACAAUUUAUGCCCGCAAGUGACUUUGAACAACUUAGUAACAGAAGUAAGAAGCGGAAUAGAAGAAAUAUUAAAAGUGUGUCGUAAAAUGGGUUGUAAGGACGUUUGGAUAGCUGGACAUAGCGCUGGAGCUCAUUUAGCAGCUUCACUAUUAUACGACCGUGAGUGGUUGACGAUGCUAAAACAGUCCAAGCAAUUACACUUAAUAAAAGGUCUUAUUUUAAUUGCCGGUAUUUACAGUCUUGAGCCUUUAUUGACCACCAGUUACAAUGACGCUUUAAAACUAACUGAUGAUGAAGUGAAAAAUUUGAGCUUCAAUGAACUAGACAUGAGUAAAUCCGAAGCAAUCAACAACAUAAAAGUUAUUGUAACAGUCGGUGAAAAGGACACGCCGGUGUUUAUUCAAGAAUCAAAAAAUUAUUCAAAAAGGCUUAUUGAGUUUGUGGAUCAAGUUGAGUUUGUUCUACUGAGAGAUAUGAUCGAUCACUUUGACAUCGUCGAAAAUUUACAUGAUCCCAAUUACUCAUUAAUGAAGAUAAUUAUAAAUAAUAUUAUUUCAUAA